ACCCUCCGUCCGUGCUAUGUUCUGUGUGCGCCAGUCUCUUCGCCCUUUUUAUUUAAUCGCAAUCAAAUUGCGAGCGGCGCCGGUGACUGGUGUGUGUGUGUUUAGCCAGACACGUAACCCCAGACACGGUCGGAGGCUUAUCUGCCGUGUAGCUUCUGCUAAUCUAACUAGCUAGCUCAUUUCGGGAAGGUGCUGAAAGCGUGCUGCUAAGCACACACGCACACAUAGAUAAACCGAAGCCAGGCCAUAUACGCCAAACACACGUACGAACGAAGUCCAGUAGAUCGCCAGCGACUACUAAGAGAAAGCGUUCCACGGUGCAAAACAGAAGCCCGGUGUCGGCCUGUCCGCACGCUGGCCUUCUGUUGCCGGCCGCUGGUAUUGCUGCCGCUGCCGCGAAGGAGGAGGGCACGAUGGUGGCGGUGCCAUUCGAAGAUAUAACAAUGGGCCAACAAAUGAACGCAGCGGGGGAAAAGUUAGAGAGUUUUGAGUUGGAGGGCAUUAGUUGUUCGAGCAGAGUUAGAGCCGCUGCUGUUAGUGCCGCUACCGUCGGGGUCCACUCGAAGCUGCUGCUGCUGCUGCUCCUCACAUUGGAGCGAAAGGGCUUCGGGAAGCUGGAGAUCGGCACGCGGAGUAGUGGGUGUAGCGCUGCGCCUGCUGCUGCCGCCGUCGUAGUCGUUGCCGCCGCUGCCGCCAAAUGGCUGUACUGCUUUACGCUGCGCUUCGGUCUCUGUACGCCUUUUUCAACCCUUCUUGCCAACGAAGUAACGAAGCAGUCAGCACAUGUGAACAAAAAAUUAAGGCCCAACUUUAUGCUGCGUUUUAUCGCUACCGUAGCAGCAUUAUACCGUAGGAGCUGCAAGACGUUCAAUGAGAGUGCUGUAGUGCAGGUGCAUUAUGAAAUGUAGUUGUUGGUUUGCAUAGAGAGAAACAGGACAGGAGCUCUGGCGGCCGGUGAGGGGGGUUGGGAGCUUCGGGACGGCGUUCAACGUUCGCAGCUAUUCGGAAAACAGCUUGCGCGCGCUCCUCUUCUCCUCGUUGCCCGUCCUCCGAUGAUGAUUCCCAUAUUUCUACUAGCCCCAUUGCUUUGCCGUAUUUCCCCUUCGGCGCGCUGCUAAUUAAAGCGCCCGUCUUCUUUUUGGCGCAGCCGAGCGAUGUGACACUGAGGUACGUUCUCUAAACAACACUUCACGCAGCUCCGUCGGACCACAGCAGAGGCAGCGAAAGCAGCGGUAAUUAACUCUUCGGGAAAGCGACAUGAAAGCACUUGACGUUACAAAUAGUUUAAAAGUUUGCCGAAACGUCAGAGUCUUCUUCAAUCAAAAAUCUUGUUAUUUCUAACAAAUACGAGCUUGAGCAGGCUCGUCGUAUUCGUUCGUAUCGUAAUUUUCCUUGUCUUUCGAGGCUACUACCCAACCCGUUGUAUGUUUUCGGUUUCAUAUUAUGUUAAGUCCUCGUUGAGUGAUGUCUCUAUGUUGAUAUUUCGUGAGACUACUAUUGCCGACAGCUUAUCGCCGGACGGCUAUGAAUCCGGGCCUCAUAUUUCAGAACAAGUUGGGAGCUUGGCCACCAGCCAUUAUUUCGAUUGUUGUUUAUGUUUUGAGGAGUUAGUUGAGAUCGCUCACUCGGAGAACUCGAUCAUCCCGCGCACAAGCCAACGGACACGUACUCACACUAACAUAUAGAGAAACGCACAACGUCACAAAGAGCCCUCCGCCUUCCCCCAACCCGCAGCGACACGCACAUACAUAGAAUCUUCGCCAAAAACUCAAGCGAACUCAACUCCUACACAAUUUCCCCUUUCCUCCAGUCCUCAGCCUCCAUCAUGACUUCAGUUUUACUUGGUAGGAGCACCGCUAGUGGUUCGUUUCUCUCUGUAAAACGCCGCGUGCAUCGGUGGGUCGGCAACGGGUGGGUGUCUUCUUCUUCGUAGAGCCAACUCCUCGGUGUGGUGUCAGUUUGUCUAUGCAGCGGUGCAGCAAAGGUUGGCAGGCAGACCUUCCGAUUUGCGAGGAAGAAACUAUUAUUCUCGACGGGGCGUACGAAGAAGAUGCUAGGUACUCGUUGCCAAGAUUAGAUACGGGUUCGAACACCUCCUCAGGCUCUCAGUUGUACAAGGCCAGUCUAAAGCCCAAUGACGACGACGUUUACUCCUUCACACAUAACGACUGUGUGCUACUGUAGCAAAAUGGUGAUUUUACUUUUGGUGACGCGGCUGUUUUCGCUAUGCGCGGCUUCUCUGAGAAAAAUGCUCCACUACGUUUGAUUACCUGGACUGACCAUUAGCUGCUGCUGGAUACAUCGUGAAGGUUAAAUCAGUUGUUUCUGCUCAAGCGAUAAUCAUGCUCUCUUCGUUACCUGACGAACCGCGCACGCAAAAAACCGUUGCCAACUUUGCUACCGCAGGUCAGGUGAUGAUGGCCAAAAAUUCCCAUAAAAUAAGUGCUCUACAACGUGGAAGACGACAGCAGCAGCAGCACCGCCAGCCUACGAAGUUUGGCAGUCUGUGAUUUAUAGCCGAUGCUGGUCGUGUUUCUUAUGAAGUGGACUGCAACCUGACGUGAAUUUGUGCUUUUUUCAAUUGUGCGCCUCUUUCAGCCACGUUUUUCGUCUAGCUACUGCUAUCUAAUUAGUGGUGUUGUAAAGUUUAUCAGCGGUAUGCUCUUGGGCUAUUGCGUGCCCUAUUUGAGUGCGUUCAGAUGGAAAUGGCUAAACUUCCUGGGCUGUUGGCUGGUAUGUUAACAUUGGUAAUUGCUAGGUCGGAUCAGUUGCCGUAAAUGUUGAGCGAACCAACUUGAGCGAACGGUUAAAUGAUAACAAAACUAUGGCUUCAUAGAAAGAUAGCAAAGCUAACCAGGAGGAAAAUGUGUUCUAUUAUGACUGUCGAGCGGCAGCUGAGAUCUCUCAUACGCGAGCACCAUCGGCUUAUUGAGACAGCCGAACAGCUUGGAUCUUCUGCUGCAGACUCGAAACUUAGAGCGGCAUCACGAAUACAACAGGAGAUCAUCAACAAGGCCUACCAGCUCAAAUAUGUGUCCGAGGUGUACCGGGAUAGCAUGAAGGUUCCCUCACAUGUAAAUGGAGAUAUUCCGCUUCCAAAGUCCCUUGCUCAAAAGCAGCUCAUUGCUCAGUCGACAGUUUCGGUAUCAAAAGAAACUCCGCAGGCCGCCAAAGAUGACUUUCAACUUGUUGCCGACAGGGUGGUUAUUAAAAAAAGAAAAAACGCUCCUGAACCAGAUAGUCAAAAAGACUCCAGCCAAAUCAAGUUUAGUAGUAAAAUCAAUACCAGCGGAGCUCAGUCGGAUAGCUCGGCUACGCCGACUGCGAGCGUUGCCACGGCUCUAACCCCCCUUUCCGCUGGGACCACUAUCAAACAAGAUGCCACAACGAAACCAGUUUCGCUUCCUGUUAUUAACUCCAACGUCCUCGUCCAUCAGCAGCAAGCCACAACAAACGGUAUCGUUGCCACACCUACUGGUCUCAAGUUGCCAUCGGCCGCUAAACCGGCACUGUUUAUUAUCAAGGUGCCCCCCAGUCAGGCAGGCCAGUUCAACAUUGUUACGGUUCAACCACAUCUGAACGCUGUCAGUAACCGAAACGGCCUGAACGGCAUCACCGGAGUUGUCAAUGGCAUCGGCGUUGGUGGAACCGUAAACGGUCUUCCUGUCAAUGGGACAGUGGUUCUCAAUAAUUUAAAUGGACUGCCGCUAAAUAACCUGACCAGCCUAGCGAACCUGAACACGACGCUGAGCAACGCUCUCAACGGGGGAAUCAAUAAUAACAAUAGUAUUAAUAAUAAUAACACAUUACAGUUAAACAAUUGCAAGAUUGUCUCUGUGCCAACGCCGGUCACUGUGCAAAAGGUGGCAGCGCAGCCUUCGGCUAAACAUUUAGAAGACGAUGCACCAAGUAGGCGAGCGCUUUCUGUGGCUUCGCCAUCGUUGUUGUCUGUCCAGUGUGAGAUUUCUUCUCGAACGUUCGAUGCCGAUGAUGCGAGCCCGCCAAGGUGUGCAGGUGCUAUGUUUGAAAAAGUUGCUAGGACGCAUAAGCAGCAAGCCUGGUUUCUCGCAAACAUCGGACUCUGUACACGUGACAAACAUCGCGAAUUGUUGGAGCGCCGAAAGGAGCGGCGUCGUCGAAAAACAGCCAAUCCACAGUUUUCCGCGGCUGCAAUGGAGGAACGUCGAAGGCUCGAGAGUCUCCGAAGGAAAAAAAAGCUUGUUAUACCGGACGGAAAGUCGAAGUUGGAAUUCAAGGAGGAGCUCGAGCAACGGGCGGAGAAGCUCAAAAGCGAACGAGAAGAAUUGCUCAAAAAACACGAACAGACCCAGCAACGACUGCUCGAGGAACGCACCCGGACCCAGAUACUUAAUGAAGAACAUCGUGUCAUGGAGGAGACUCUCGAACGGUUGCGCAGUUUUGUUACUCUAUUAGCAGAAGAACGUUCUACUUUUAGGUGGACCUAGUGCUCAACCAAUGACAUGCCAGAGACCGCCGUAAUCGUUUUCCACUUAAUUUGUUUUUUUACCUUUUCCCUUUGCAGAGUCUAGUCGUCAGCUUGCGGUCUCAUACCGGGAUCGCUUGUAGCUCUACACCAUAUGUAGAAGAGUAGUAAUUAGAUUAGUAGCCGCUAAGGGCUGUAUUACGUAAAAUUUGAAGACUGCUCGAAAGCUCAACGGGACGUUAGCUUGAAUGUUCCGCUCCAGCAAUUGUAUUUCGGUAGGCGAAAUCGAACCGUUGCCUAUUGUAAGGCGCCGAGUAUGAGAUCGGAUUGAAAUUUAGUGAUACAGCGGAUGGUUUUUUUGCAAUUUUUAACGGAAAUGAUUCACAUAAAAGCACACAUACAUUUAAGAUCUACCGAGAAAGAGUGUCGCUUAUCAUUGAGUGCUUUUCGACGACAUUCGCUGCAGCUUCCAAAGUUGCUCCAUUACUUUCUCCGCACGAUCACUGUACAGAAAUGCAACAAAUUCUGCCGUUUUGAAUAGCAUUAGCCUAGUUGAAGGAAUGUAGACCUUUCCGAACCGGCAAAAAGGGUAGAGCCUUUUUGCCCAUAGUACAGUAGAGGAUAUCGAGCCAAUUUGGCGGGCGUUAGCAUUAGAUGAUGACGCGACAUCAUCUAUCCAGGUGAUUUCGUUACAGGCGAAUGUCUUUAUAUUUGCGAGCCUGUUAAUAAUAUAUCAUCUAAACGUUUAGCAGAAAGAUAAAUAACUACGAAGUAGUUCCAAGUGAAAUGAAAGAAAAGCACAUGGGAGGGAAAGCAUUUGAAUGAUAUUACUACUACUACUACCGUCUCACGCCGUGAAAACAUUUUUGAGGAACUGAACAUCAGUUGCUUUGAACCCAUUGCCAUGUUAGAAAAAUAAGCAAGUUCUCAGGGAAGAAGCGUAACCGCCAUUCCAUGUGUAGAAGAUCCUUUUUCCUUACCAUGCCUGAACAAGUAGCAACGUGAACCCUAAAUUCGAAAAGCACACGUCUCGUCUAGCACAUGCCUCGAGAGCAUCCAGAAGCUGUUGGCUAUCAUUUCCUAUACACGGUUUUCGUAGAAGUGAAGUGAGAAUCUUUCGAGAAUGAUGUAAGACGGUCAGCGAUUGAUCCUAAUUAGCAGUUGAGCUUCGGGGCUGUCAACGCCUACGAACAUGUCUGACGUUAAGCUGACUUAUCACUGUAGAAAACGUCUAUUCGAACUCAAUAAUGAUAAUGAUAAUGCUGUAAUGAACAUGAUAUCGCGCGUUUAGUUCUUCGUUAUCAAUAUAACAGUAAAACUGCCAAUUAAUGCCAGAAUGACAUGGGGCUUCUUAUACACGAGGCCUGUGGGGAGGCAACCAGGCAGAAACCGAGAACUCUUGGAAUUUCUAACUGAUAAAUUAUUUUCCCUUUUAGCCUUUAAUUGUACGGCUGUAGUAUACCACCAAGAACUACGAAAUUUCAAGACCGCCUGCUUGUCCUAACGAGUUUGGCGUUUACGUUUGAUCAAACAAGUAGACAAAAGCGCUUUUUUUUUUUCACAAACACUAUUCGAAGUGAGAAGGCAUGAGGUUUGUCGUGUGAAUAGGCACGUAGAAUGUGCGAUACUCAUAGGUGCGUUUCAGUUGUUUAUAGCAGCAGCGAUCAUAUAGUAAUAUAAUAAAAUAAUAAUAAUCAUCAUCAUCAUUAUUAUUAUUAUAAAUAAGUGACGGUGAUGAAAUGAAUCUAGAAGAGGAUGUGCAAACACCUGUUGAGAAUAUCAGCUUACUCGAUUCAUCAUUUAAUUACCAUGAAAAAAUCGCGCAAAUUUCCUUUGUGAACUAUCAAGCCGAACGACCUCUGAAAGACAACACCGUAAUGAACAAUCCCAAAGAAGAUCAAGUAUGUACAUAGCUGUCAAAUAGUUCUAAGAAAUAAUAUUACGAAUGAUAACAUUAAUAAUAAAAAUACGAAAACAGUCUAAAAGUUAAAUAAAGUAAAUAAACUAUGUGUUGAA